GGCGAGCCAUCGGGGACCCCGGCCCGGCCGCGGCGCCCGCCCCCCGCCCGUGGCCCGGCCCAGGCCGCCCACCCGCGGGCUCCGGGCACCUGUGGCCGCCGCCAGACCCCGGCCGGACCCGGGCUGCCGUGGGCUGAGCCAGAUCGGCGGCGCCCGGCUCCCCCCCGACCUCACACUGGGCCACCCCGCCCGGUCCCCCCCGGAACCCGCGGCGCCCGCGAUGGUCCCGCCCGGGCAGCCCUGAGCCCUGCGCGGGUGCGGGCGCUGCCUCCUCCCCGCCCCUCGCCCCAGGGAGCCGACACCAACUUCUGCUGUUGAACUCCGCUCUGCCCCUUCUUUUGGCCCAGGGCAACCUCGGCAGCCCUGACCGCAGCAGACAGUCCCGAGUACCCAGAAAGGCCCCUGGGUGGCCCGGCGCCUCCCCGGCUCUUUCUGGAUGGAGGCGCCUCAGGACGGAGCUGGCUGAACGCUUUGGCCUUCGCCUUCCAGCCCCUGCUGACCACACCUGCCCUAGUGCAGAGGCUGCGUGAGAAGCAGGAAAUGCUGUACCAGACUUCCCCAAAUGUCCCUUCUGGGACUCCAGCUCUCCAUCUUAGUGAGGGUCUGAUUCCCAGAGUCGUCUCUCAGUGAGGAGCAGCUGCACUGGCCCAGCACAGCCAGCUCCCGGGGAUCUCGGUCUGACCACCAGGAUGGAGCUGGGGCCCGCGACCGAGACCUUCGUGCUGGAGCUUCGGUGUCUUGAAGAUGGGGGCCCAGCUCCUGAUACCCUCUCAGGUGGCAGUGGUGGGAGUGAGAGUCAGGAGGAAGAAGAGGCUCAGGAGAGGAGCAGCAGCCCACCACGGCCAGCAGUCUCAGCCCCAGUGGGGGCCAGUGAAAUUGCCGAGAAAGCCCAGCCAGAACAGCAGGAGGUGCAACUGCAGCAGGUAGAACAGCAGCCAGAGCUGCAACAACAGCCACAGAAGGAGCGGCUGCAACAGCAGCAACCACAAAACCAGCUGUUAGGACAUCAGCCAGAAUUGCAGCAGCAGCAAGAUGGGCAAGAACAGCUGCCUCAACAACAGCAGGAGCUACAGGAAAAACGCCCAUCUGUGCAACAAGAGCAACUGGAACCACAACUACAGCCAAUGCAGCAGCAGGAACAGUUACAGCAGCAGCAGCAAGAUGGGCCACAGCAGCUGCCUCAACAACAGCAGGAACUACAGGAGAAACCCCAACCCAUGCAGCAUCAGCAACCAAAACCACAACUGCAGCUGAUGCAACAGCAGGAACAGUUACAAGAGCAGCAAGUGCAAGAGCAACAAUUGUUGCAACAACAGCAGGAACAAUCACAGGAGCAGCAAGUGCAAGCACAGCAGCUGUUACAGCAACAGCAGGAACAGUUACAACCACAGCAGCAGUUGCAACAGCAGAAACUGUUACAGCCGGAACAGUUACAGCAGCAGCAGCAACAGGAACAGUUACAACCACAGCAGGAACAGUUACAGCAGCUGCAGCAGCAGGAACAGUUACAGAAGCAGCAACUGCAACAGCAGUUGCAGCAAGAACAAUUACAGCAGCAGCUACAGCAGGAACAGUUACAGCAGCAGCUGGUGCAGCAGCAACAGUUACAGCAACAGCAGCUGGUGCAGCAGCAGCAAGAACAGCUGCAGCAGCAGCAGCUGCAGCCCCGCCCACUGGAGCCAGAAGAGGAGGAAGAGGUGGAGCUGGAGCUCAUGCCAGUGGACCUGGCGUCGGAGCAGGAACUGGAGCAGCAGCGGCAGCAGGAGCUGGAGAGACAACAGGAACAGCGGCAGCUGCAGCUCAAACUGCAGGAGCAGCUGCAGCAGCUGGAGCAGCAGCUGGAGCAGCAGCAGCAGCUGGAGGAGCAGCAGGAGGUGCAGCUGGAGCUGACCCCGGUGGAGCUGGGGGCCCCGCAGCAGGGGGUGCAGCUGGAGCUGACCCCCGUGCAGCCCGAGCUGCAACUGGAGCUGGUGCCCGCCGCAGCGGACGGCGGGGCGUCGGUCCCGGGGGCUCCCGCCGCCGUCGUGGUGGCUCCCCCGGGCUACGUGGUACUGCAGGAGCUCAUGGUGCUGCCGGCCGUGGCGGCGCCCGCGGUGGUGGCCAUCCCGGGCCCAGCGGGCAGCGCGGCCCUGACGCCGGCCCGGCAGCGGCGGCGGCGGCGCGCGCGGGAGCGGCCGACCAUCUGCGGGGAGUGCGGGAAGGGCUUCAGCCGCAGCACGGACCUGGUGCGGCACCAGGCCACGCACACGGGCGAGCGGCCCCACCGCUGCGGCGAGUGCGGCAAGGGCUUCUCACAGCACUCGAACCUGGUGACGCACCAGCGCAUCCACACGGGCGAGAAGCCCUACGCCUGCUCCUACUGCGCCAAGCGCUUCAGCGAGAGCUCGGCGCUCGUGCAGCACCAGCGCACGCACACCGGAGAGCGGCCCUACGCCUGCGGCGACUGCGGCAAGCGCUUCAGCGUCUCCUCCAACCUGCUGCGCCACCGGCGCACGCACUCGGGCGAGCGGCCCUACGUGUGCGAGGACUGCGGCGAGCGCUUCCGCCACAAGGUGCAGAUCCGCCGCCACGAGCGCCAGCUGCACGGCGCCGGCCGCUCCCGGGGCCUGGGCCUGCUCCGCGGCGCGCGCACGGCCGCCGGCGGGCCCCCGCGCUCCGAGCCGGCGGCGGGGGCGGCGGACAAGGCACCGUGACCCGGGGGCACCGAGGUCGGCCGGAUCGCGGCUCCUCCCGACCUGGGAAGCCCCGCGCCCGCUGGGACGUCGUGACCCCAUUCCGUGGUCUCUCGGGACAUCCUGGAAUGUCGCUGGGAAAAGGCUUCCAUCUUUUCCCGGGUUAACCGAGGGGUAGCACAGAUUCACAAGUUCGCCCUCAGAAACGCUCCACGGGAGGAAGGCCUUGUGGCUAACACAGCACAGAGAUUGCACAUUAGUACAGAUUUGUUAGGGAGCGCCCAUGGGUGAGAAGUCCGCCAAAGGUUUUCCCCAGGAGAAUUGGGCCUAUAGACAUGAGAGCCACAGGAGAAAACUUCCAGUGGCAGAUGGGACAAUUGAUGACAUUUGACACAGAUCGAACACUAACCAGGGAAUCAAAUAUAUGUGGUAAAACGCACAUGAAAAGGAUUUGAUCCUGGUGAAAAUUAUUCCAAUGGGAAAAAAGGAAACUUAUCUGCACUAUGUAGAAAGCUGAUCAAGGCAUUUAAUUGUCCUCAAUGGCAUUUGCCUUGAAAAUCCUUUCUAGAAUGAAAAUUCAUCAGGGUGGAUAUAAUCCUGAUUAAAAUGUUUGUGUUCAUAAACACAGGGUCCGAGUGUCUGAUGGGUCAGUGUGCAAAUGCCAGGAAGUCCUGGCCUGGGGGGAGGUCAAACCUUCCAGGGUAAGCCAGGGCCCCAGCAAGCGUGGGAGGCAGGCUCUAGCCUCUUUGCUGCCAUGUUCCCAUGUCCAGUGGCCGGCAGGCAUCCUCUUGAAUGAAAGCCUGUGGCUGAAGCAGAGGGCAUUCUGGGAGUGCUCUCCGAGGGCCAAAGGAGUCGUGCCCCAGGAAAGAGCUCUGGGGUAGCCCCACCCUGGCCUCCCUGGGAUCCCCCUGCUCUAGGCUUCUCAGAUGCUUGCCCAGGGACUGAGGCUAUGGGGUUGGGGCCUUGAACCCCAGAGGCACAGUUCUCCUGGGCCAGGCUGUGCAGGGGACUGGCCCCAGCAGACCCUGCCUCAUCACUGGGGGUCAGAGGGAGAAUGUUGGGAACAAGGGCUGGAGGCAACAGAAAUGCUGUUUGUGACGUUUACAAAAUUCUCUGGGGGUCUGUAAGAGCAGCAGCAAUCGCCGAUGCCUUGGGAAGGCAGGAUGGUGGAGGAGGGUGCCCGCUGCCUCUGCCCCCCACGUGCUUCCUGCUCCCGACUUCCCACGUGUGGCUGCUUAGAUCCUGCCCCCUCUUUCCUCUCUGCUUCUCCUUUACUAACACAGCCUGCUACAUUUUACAAAUGUGUUGGUAAGUGAGAAACAAAAGAUGAAAAAUAAAUUUAAAUGAAGAAAUACAUUGUCCUGUCUGUGUUUUCACCUCUGGAUUUUGCGUCUUGCCGCUGGGCUUCAUUUCUGUGGGACAUUUUCCUGCAGAAUGUUCUGUGAAACAUUUCCUCUAGAGCAAGGGACUUCUCAUUCAGGCCCAUGCCCAGUGCUCCUUAGCCCAGACCUUUCCUUCUAGCCUGAGACUCUUGGCCGAGGAUGGGCUCACUCAGUAAAAUCCCCGCGGGAGGGACGCGGACCAGAGGGUAGACGCUUGAGGAGGCUGGUUUUGGCAUCUCCUAAGGACAAGCUUUGAAUCCAUUCAGUCCAACCGCAGGCUGGAGGGCCAUGGUAGUGGUGAGUGUACGUGCUGUUCUUGGAUGGCCACUUGGAGGGACGUCAUGAGGCCUGGAGGCCCCUCCCAGCUCUGAGAGUCCUAAGACC